AUUUUCCCACCUCCAUUAAACCCUCGUAAAUCCCCCAAAACCUCCACAACCACCAUGCUCACCCUCACUUCUCUCCUCCUGCGCCCCGCCCGCCACUUCGUCAAACCCCUAUCCACCAGAACCGCCUCCACCGCCACCACUCCUCCGCCUCCUCUCACCGUCCCCCUCUCUCACCCCAUAUACCUCGUAUGGUCCGCCAACACCUCCCUCGGCAAAACCCUAGUCUCCACCGGCCUCGCCGCCUCCUCUCUCCUCUCCAGUCGCCACCCCCGCCGCCGCUCUUUCCUCUAUCUCAAGCCCAUCCAAACCGGCUACCCGGCCGACUCCGACUCCCAUUUCGUCUUCUCCAAACUCACCUCCCUCGCCCCCCGCCGCUCUCCCCACCUCUCUCUCCUCGCCUCCAAUCACGUUCUCAAGGCCUCUGCCUCCGCCGCCAGCUCCAUCUUAGCCCCCCAAAUUCUGCCAAAUCACGGAAAGGGCAUGUGUGAUUUGGACUGGUGUGAAGAGAGCAGGGUUGAUGGUGGCAACUCUGGGAAUGCACCAAAUUCGGAGCUGGUUUGUAAGACAAUGUACGCUUGGGGAGACCCUGUCUCACCGCACUUAGCGGCUGAGAGAGAAAGCGGUGCGGUGGAGGACUCGACCUUGCUCGAAUUGCUGCAGAGGUGUUUGGACAUUGGGGUUGGAAAGGAGAAAAUGGAUUCUUUCUGUGUGGUUGAGACCGCUGGUGGGGUUGCUAGUCCAGGGCCUUCUGGAUCGCUUCAAUGUGACUUGUACAGACCUUUCCGUUUACCUGCAAUUCUUGUUGGAGAUGGACGGCUUGGUGGUAUUUCCGGAACCAUUUCAGCUUAUGAAACUUUGAAACUCAGAGGUUAUGAUGUUGUUGCUGUUGUUCUUGAGGAUCAUGGCCUUGUAAAUGAGGUUCCGUUAGCAUCAUAUUUUCGAAACAGUGUUCCAGUACUUGUGCUGCCGCCUAUUCCACAAGACUUGUCAGAUGACCUUGUGGAAUGGUAUGACGAUACUCAGAAUGUAUUUGAUUCGCUGAUGGAAAUAAUGCUAUUAGCCCACUCUGAACGAAUCAAGAGAUUGCAUAACAUGCCGAAAAGGGCUGUAGAUGUUUUUUGGUGGCCAUUUACUCAGCACACAUUUAUACCAGAAGGAGAUGUUACAGUGAUUGAUUCACGCUGUGGUGAAAACUUUUCAGUCUUCAAGGCUCGGAAUGAUGAUGUUAUGAUUCAACAAUUUGACGCAUGUGCAAGUUGGUGGACUCAGGGACCCGAUGCUACUUUACAGACUGAGCUUGCAAGGGAUAUGGGUUAUGCAGCUGCAAGAUUUGGGCAUGUGAUGUUUCCUGAGAAUGUUUAUGAGCCAGCCUUAGAAUGUGCUGAACUUUUGCUUGAAGGUGUUGGAAAAGGUUGGGCUUCUCGAACAUAUUUUUCGGAUAAUGGAUCGACAGCAAUUGAGAUUGCAUUGAAGAUGGCGUUCCGUAAAUUCUCUUAUGAUCAUGGAAUUCUUUUAGAUCAUCUCAAGGAUAACUCAGCUGAGAGACAUCCGGAGCUUGUGGUCCUUGCUCUGAGAGGAUCUUAUCAUGGCGAUACUUUGGGUGCUAUGGAAGCACAGGCACCAUCAUCUUAUACAGGCUUUCUCCAACAACCAUGGUAUAAUGGAAGAGGUUUUUUUCUUGAUCCUCCCACAAUCUUUUUGUACAACAAUAUGUGGAGCCUUUCGCUACCUAAAGGGUUGGAUUCUCAGAUUUUGGAUCUUAAAAAUUUGACCUUUUGUUCCCGUAAUAAUGUUUUCGACAAGAGCAGGGACAAGUCAGAUAUUGCUGCUCUUUAUUCAACACACAUAUCAGAACAGUUAUCAAAGUUCCCUGAAUCAAAAGGGUUAAUUGGAUCUUUGAUUAUUGAACCAGUCAUACAAGCUGCCGGAGGAAUGCAUAUGGUUGAUCCACUUUUCCAGCGGAUUCUUGUAAAUGAGUGCCGGACUAGAAAUAUUCCCAUUAUCUUUGAUGAGGUAUUCACUGGUUUCUGGCGGCUAGGAACAGAGUCCGCAGCAGAAUUACUAUGUUGUUUUCCAGAUAUAGCAUGCUUCGGGAAGUUGCUGACUGGUGGGACCGUGCCCUUGGCUGCCACAUUAGCUACAAAUGCCGUAUUUGACUCAUUUAUUGGAGACUCAAAGCUAAAGGCCCUUCUGCAUGGACACUCAUAUUCUGCACAUGCCAUCGGGUGCACAGCAGCUGCUAAAUCCAUAAGAUGGUUUAAGGAUUCGCAGAGAAAUCCUAAUAUCACGUCCAAAGGAAGCUUGCUUAGCGAGUUAUGGGAUGAAAAGCUAGUGUACCAGAUCUCUUCACAUCCUGCAAUUCAAAGAGUGGUUGUGUUGGGGACACUCUGUGCUGUAGAGCUUCGAGUAGAAGGCUCCAAUGCUGGGUAUGGGUCACUCUAUGCAAGCUCUCUUCUGAAGAAGCUCCGGGAAGACGGAGUUUACAUGAGGGCGCUGGGACAUGUCAUAUAUCUCAUGGGCGGACCCUGCACGUCUCCUAAAGUCUGCAAGCUAGUACUCGUUAAAGUUUGCAGAAGACUCGAAGAACUUAGCCAAACGCAAAACAAUUAAACUAUCUGCAACUGAGAGUUCAAGUAAUCUAUCCACAACUUUCCGUUCUUGUUUGUUAUUUACAUUUAUCUCAUGUGUUCUCAUGCCAAUUGCUUUUAUCCCUAAUAAUGCCUUCCCUCACCUGCUUAUGAACAAGGGAGGGAAUGUGACAGUUCAUCUGCUUAUAUUUUGUAUAAUUUGAUUGGAUGGGGUAAAACAAAUAAGGGAAGCAAAGUUGAUGUAUUCUAUCUUAUCUUUUUAUAUUGUUGUUUUAGGAUAAAUGAGUUCUGUACUACAAAUUUUACAAGGACUACUUGUUUUCAUCCUAUAUAUUCAUUCCUUAUUAUUUGUA